AGGGUGGUGAUGGCUUUGGGUCCGGGGAGGUUCUACGGCAAAAGCCUCCCGCGGCCCCGUUUCUAUGCCGACGUGAAGAUGAACGACGAAAGGGUGGAUCCGCCGGUGCCCGUCAUGGACCCUCUCCUUUCGUGGGCCAACGAGGCGCACUGGUCCAUGGGCGGUAAAAGCUUCAAGCGCCACCGCCUCCAGGGCCGCAUCGAAGGCUCCAUCAAGAAGCUCCGCGAUCAGCAAGAGAGAGCCCAACGGAGAACCAUAAUAUCCUCCUCUCUGUUGAUCGCGAAGUCCAGAGUCUCCGGCCAGAAGCCCCUCGGUCUUGGAUCUCUCGACGCCGGCUCAGCCGAUAGCGGCGAGGAGGAGGCGGGACAAAAGGGGAGUCAAGCUAGAAUCUUUCCCUCUCCGAAUGGAUCUGUCGAUAGGAAGAGGACGAAGGUCAGGAGGCACAAGAAGGAAUUCGACGGGAAUGGGGCCGAGCAUUUGAAGGGGCUGAUUGGGGAGGCGGGCGGAGUGGCGUCAAGGACCCGGCGCCGUGGGCAAGCUGCAGAGGAACUCGAGAUUGGUGAGGAGGAUGCUCUUCCGGCGGCUACCGAUGGGAAAGGGAACACCGAGAAGAAGAAGAGGAAGGAGGUGGAUAGUGCAUUGCCGAGGAGGACUUCACUGAGGAAGAAGCGAUCAAUCUGAUUCCCAUGAGGCAUACAACUUAGUAUUCUCGUAAGACUGCUGUGUUCUGAUCUUAAUCGUUCAGGAGAUGUGAAGAUCGCGACUGAAAGGUCUCAACUUUCUGCAUCA